CCGUCUGAUUUAAGGGCUGUUAUUAUUUUUCAGCGUUUUUAAAAUUUAUUUAUACCUUCGAAAUGUGACGUGUUUAUUGUUCAAGUUUUAAUGAAAUUCAAGUUUGACAACCUUAAGCAGUAUCUCCAUCGCAAGUUCAACAUGUUCAACUUGUACAAGCACAUGCAGCAGGCUAAUAAUGGCGAGCGGGAUCAGAAGGAGCCGGAAUAUACGGGACACGACCGGUUCUGUCAGGAGCGACCGAGAUCAACUUACAGGAAGAAGAAGCGUCGCGGAGCGUGCAGGAGAGCGCAGUCAGCAGCCGAACUGAACCCGGAGUCCAUAGCCGCCGCCAACAGGAGAGACGCGUUCCGGAUCCGAUCCGUGUCCACGGACAAAGAUGAAAGCGAGGAGGAGAACUCGGAGAAGGCACCGCUGGUGGCUCAGAAGAUCGACUCGCUGGCCAAGCUGUUGUUCAACAAGUCCAUCAUUGGUUCUGGCUCCGGGAAAUCUUCGCCCUCCACUUCAGAACCCCCUUCCUCCCCUAAAGUCGGAGAAAAGUCCAUGGAGAAUUCGGCAGCAUUCAUAAUUUGCUCGGAAUAUUUAUCACAGACUUCACGGUAUGACUUAAUAUCGCAGCUGAGUAUGAUCGGCUCGCGGCCCAACAAGUACUGGUUCGCAGUUCACGACAACUCCAUCAAAACCGACCGCCUUCUUUCUUUGAUGCCCCUACCCAGUAAAUGUCCUAUCGAGUUCAGCGAGCGCUCCCGAGCGCUCAUCGUAGAGCUAUUCCGUUCUGUCCACCACCCGUACAUCUACCCGGUCUUGGACUUGGAGGCCUGGAGUGGACACGCACUGACAGUCAUGCCUUUUAAUGCGCGAGGCAGCCUAAAGGACCUCAUUUACAAGAGCACAUGGAACGAGGAUUACAGCCGCAAGUACGACUCGGGCGGCACUGGCCUCCCGGCCUGGCAGGUGGCCCGCUUCGGCCGGCAGAUGCUCGAGGGCCUCACCUUCCUCAGGGAGAAGGGAUUCCCGCCCUUCCGACACCUGCACUCCGGGAACGUGAUGGUUCAAAAUGGCGUGGCAAGGAUAUGCGCCCUAGAGAACACCUUGAUCGGCGCCUCCCCCCGACGGAUCCCAGCGACGGCAGAACACGUCGAGGCCCUUAGCUUCGGCCGCGUGCUGUACGAGAUGUGCGCGGGCGCCGACCUGGAUCUAUCGCUGCUGCCGGACUUGAUGCCGAACUAUCCUCAUAUAGUGGAGAUGAUCGAGCUGAUCUUCGGUCCGCGCACGCCGAGCUUGCACGAGCUGCUGCUCUGUGAGGUGUUCCGUAAGAUCGAUCUGCGGGAAAUGAAGGGAUCCUGUCUGCCGAACUUCAACCAGCGUCUGUCCCGCUCCUGCCUAUCGCUGCUGAGCGAGGUGGCGCGCCGGCAGCCCGGCUGCCGCACCCCGCCGGCGCCGGCGCGCGGCUCCCCCUGCACGCCGCCCGCGAGGAGGAGACAUUUCCCGGUCGACCAAGAUUACACGGAAGAGUGGCAGUGGUGA